AAUAAACAAAGGGUUCUUCGUUGAAACUCAUUUUCGCCACACGCCUUCCUUUUUUUUUUUUCUUUUUUUUUUCGCUUCUUCAUCCGAUGAUGAAGUUUCUGUGAUCUCGAGCUCGAUGUUCUUGGCUUCAAUCGCUUGAACGUCCGUUUAGCAUCCCUGGGCUCUUGGAGAAAUCUCCAUUUCCGUCAAAGAUAAGUUGCUCUCUGCCUCUGCGUUCGGUGAUUUCGUCUUCGGUGAAUGAUUGUGGAAGUUUAGGGUUCUCCUUUUUAUUUGAAUCAUUACGCGAUUUCGGAACUGGGUUUCUUUGCCUGCGUUUGAUUCCUGUGUUUUCCCAAGUGAGCUUCAUCUCUAGACCUGGAAUCUCGGAUAGACGAAUGCUUGUCUUGUCCGAUGUGGUGAAGUGUGCUCAGAAGUUCGGAGGGUUUAGGCAUGAGUGAGAAUCUGCAGAGUUAUAGGAGUUUCUGGUUCUGAUUUUGUCGAUUAGGGCCAAAGCUUAGGGUUUUUGAGAAGAAAGCAUUUUGCAGUUGGUUUUUGCUUGAUCUAGGUUUCUUUGAGAUUGAAGAGAAUGGAAGGAAAUUUCUCGCAAGGAGGUAUGAUUCCUGGUGGGCCUCCUUAUGGUGGAUUCGAUUUGCAGAGUUCUAUGAGAGUUCAUCAUCCAAACACUAUGCAUCAUCAUCAAAACCCUCGGCCCGAUUCCUCUGUUCGUCCUUCUCUUCACGAGGGUCUUCCCUUUACAAUGUUUACGGGCAAGACAUGUGACCAGAACGUGUCCAUGGCCGAAUACAACAAAGGCGAAAGGGGUAAAUGCUCGAUGAGCGAUGAGGAUGAACCGAGUUUAACCGAGGAGGGAGGUGAUGGGCAUAAUGAGGGGAGCAAAGCCAAGAAGGGUUCUCCAUGGCAGCGUGUGAAGUGGACAGACAAGAUGGUGAAGCUACUGAUAACUGCUGUGUCUUAUAUAGGCGAGGAUUCUGCCAUGGAUUGCGGGACUAGAAGGAAAUUCGCCGUUUUGCAGAAAAAGGGUAAGUGGAAAUCGGUUUCCAAAGCCAUGGCAGAAAGGGGUUAUCAUGUUUCUCCCCAGCAAUGCGAGGAUAAAUUCAAUGACCUGAAUAAGCGGUAUAAGAAGCUCAACGAUAUGCUUGGCCGAGGAACCUCUUGUCAGGUUGUCGAGAAUCCUGCACUCUUGGACGUCAUUGAUUACUUGAACGAGAAAGAAAAGGACGACAUUAGAAAGAUUCUGAGCUCAAAGCAGCUUUUCUACGAAGAGAUGUGCUCUUACCACAACGGAAACAGACUGCAUUUGCCUCACGACCAUGCAUUGCAACGUUCUCUUCAGUUAGCUCUCAGAAGCCGAGAUGAUCAUGACAAUGAUGAUGCAAGGAAACACACCAAUGAAGAUCUGGAUGACGAGGAUCAUGAUAUGGAAACCGACAAUCACGUUGAUUGCGAGGAGCAUCAUCAUUCCUUCCAUGGAGAUGGCAGGGGAAUGCAUCAUCCAGCCCUAGGUGUGCCCUUGAAGAGAUUAAGACAAGGUCAUAACCUUGGAGAUCACCCGGCCAUUUCUCCGGCUCAUGUGAACCAACAGCCCUUACCGGACAGCGGGAGAUCAGCUUGGCUGCAAAAGAAAUGGAUCGAAUCCCGUUCUCUCCAGCUAGAGGAACAGAAGCUUCAGAUCCAAGCUGAGUUGCUGGAAUUGGAGAAGCAACGGUUCAAGUGGGAGAGGUUUAGCAAGAAGAGGGACCAAGAGCUCGAGAAACUGAGAACCGAAAACGAGAGAAUGAAGCUAGAGAACGACCGAAUGGAAUUGGAGCUGAAACGGGGCGAAAUGGGUGGAGACUUAUAACAAACCGACCUCACAUCUCUAUAUUCCAUGGAUCUAAAUAAUAAAAGAUCAAAUUUUUCCGAUCACCGGAGAAUCAAGACCACGAUCUGAACAACCGGGCGACGAUUGAUUGGAGUUAUACUGCGAAAGGAGUGGUAAUAUAAAUAUAAUGAGGUAUCUAACUGUUGUUUUGUCUUAAUCAUAAAGCACAGUUUCAUAUAUAGCUCUAUGGCUGUGAAGUACUUAUGGUUAAGAUUGUUUUCUUGUCGUUAGAUGCAUUGUUUCUGAUAUCGGAAGCUGCCCUUUUUUUCCGGUCAGUAACAAACGUCACACACACACAUAUAUACAUAUAUACAUAUAUAUGUAUAUAUAUUUCUAGGUUGUGUUUGGUUGAAGGAAAAGUUUGGAUUUUUUUUUUUUAAAUGUGGGUUAGAACCCGGGAAUGAUGGAAAUGUAAUGGGAUGAAUUUGGUCAGAAACAAAGUUUAGGUUUUAUUUGUGAAAAUUGAGAAGUUUAAAUA